UCGGUGGUGCUCUUGCCAUGUUUGCGGAAGCUGAGUUGUAACAGCUAACUAAAGGCUUGUCAUCUUUUCUGUGAAUGUUGUAUCUGCCUUUGUUUUGAGGUCCAAAAUGAAUCUACCAAAGGGGCCGGAUUCUCUAUGUUUCGACAAGGAUGUUUUUAUGAAGGAUGACUUUGACGUUGACCAGUUUGUGGCGGAGUGUCGGAAGCAGGUCCAGCUGGAGGAGAUGAGAGAGGACCUGGAGCUCUACUAUAAGCUACUGAAAACGGCCAUGGUGGAGCUCAUCAAUAAGGACUAUGCAGACUUCGUUAACCUCUCGACCAACCUGGUGGGGAUGGACAAAGCCCUGAAUCAGCUUUCUGUGCCUUUAGGACAGUUACGAGAGGAGGUUAUGAGCCUGCGGUCCUGUGUGAGCGAAGUGAUACAAGCUAUAGACAACCAGCUGUCUAAGCAGGAAGACCUGCAGAAAAAAAAGGUGUGCGUACUGCGGCUGAUUCAGGUUGUACGCUCAGUGGAGAAGAUUGAGAAAAUCCUUCACUCACAAAACUCUAAGGAAUCAAGCUCUUUGGAAAUCAGCAGUCCCUUGUUAGCAGGUCAGAUCCUGGAGAGAAUUGCUACAGAAUUCAACCAGCUGCAGUUCCACGCUGUGCAGAGCAAAGGCAUGCCUCUACUGGACAAAGUCAGACCUCGUAUCGCAGGGAUCACCUCAAUGCUGCAGCAGUCUCUGGAGGGGCUGCUGAUUGAAGGUCUGCAGACGUCAAAUGUGGACAUGGUGCGUCACUGCCUCAGGACGUACGCCACCAUAGACAAGACACGGGACGCUGAAGCCCUGGUGGGACAGGUGCUGGUCAAACCUUACAUGGACCAGGUGAUAGUCGAGGAAGUGAAGUCCAGUCCAGGCGGUCUGCAGCUGAUGUACACUAGACUGUUGGAAUUUGUUCCUCACCACUGUAGAUUGCUUAGAGAGGUGACUGGAGGAGCCAUAUCCAGUGACAAAGCUGACACGGUGCCAGGUUACGAUUUCCUGGUGAACUCCGUGUGGCCAGAGAUGAUCAAAGCAAUAGAGGAAAGGUUGCCGUACCUCUUCAACCCUGGAAACCCUGACAUAUUCUUUGAGCGCUACAGCCUGAGUAUGGACUUUGUGCGGAGGUUUGAGCGACAGUGCAGCUCGCAGGCCAGCGUGAAGAGGCUAAGAGUUCACCCAUCGUACACCAGUUUCCACAACAAAUGGAACCUGCCUGUGUACUUUCAGCUGCGAUACAAGGAAAUAGCAGGAUGCCUGGAGAAUGCUAUAAGUGAUGGAUUAGAGGCAGCACCAGCUGGCAGUGCAUACCACCUGCAGGCUUCUGAGGUGUUGUGGUCUUGUUUAGUGCGUUGUUGGUCCGACAAGGUCUAUCUGUCGCCUCUUGCCCAUCGCUUCUGGAAGCUUACGCUGCAGCUGUACUCACGAUAUGCCAUGUUUCUUGAUGAGGUGCUGACCAAGACUCCGUCGCCCGAGGUGAAUAAAGAGCCCACCAGGCCUCUGCCGAGCUCAGCCUCUUCCACGUCCAGUCGAACGUCACUGGACGAGGCUGGCAGUGAAAGCGGGAGCCCUGCCUCGCUGUCCACAAAGCACCUGGUUUACAUCGCAGCGGAUAUCCAAAAGCUGCAGGAGCAGAUCCCAGAGUUGUCAGAGAUGGUCAGACAGCGGUUAGAAGACAUGGGAUUUAAAAACUUUGCUGUUGUGGAAGAUGCUCUGGCAGACUCUAAGGCCUGCCUGUCCAGCAGCAUUCCCACUCUGAACACCAGGAUGACCCAACACCUGACUGAACGCUCCUGUCGCUUCCUGAAAAGUGCCUCUGAGGUUCCACGACUCUACCGCAGGACUAAUAAAGAUUUGCCAGUGCGUGCAUCAGCGUACAUGGACAAUGCCUUACGUCCUUUACAUCAGUUGCUGACUGACUCAAAAGGGCUCGUCACCCCCCAGACAGCACAAGAGUGGCUGCGAGUCGCGCUGUGCGACUGCACGCAGAAGUACUUUGAGACCAUCUCUGAGGUGCUGAGCUCAGUGAGAAAGAUGGAAGAGAGUUUAAAGCGUUUGAAACAAGCCAGGAAGGGUGCAACCACAACUACCACAUCUGGAGCGAAUGGUGGACUCACUGAUGACGGCAAGAUUCGCCUUCAGCUGGCACUGGAUGUGGAAUAUUUGGGGGAACAGAUCCAGAAGAUGGGUCUUCAGCCAAAUGACAUCUCCAUGUUCUCCACCCUGCUGGAGCUUGUGAAAGAGGCCCGGGAGCUCGCUGAACAGAACCAGUAGCAAGUUGACUCCACAGCGACUGAAACCCUUUAACAUGCUGCACUCACCUUCCCGGAGACUUGUGUGGGAGAUGAAAACAAUUUGUUCCAGUGGUGUUCUGGUAACAGUUUGUGAUGACCAGACUGUGAAGAAUGUAGCAAAAAAUCUCAACUGCAGAUUCGGAGGCACGAAUCUGACUGAGCAAAAAAAAAACUACUACUGGAUCGGUGUUGGUUCUGCUCUAAGUGCUAUGGAUCAAAGGAACCGCAGGGUACUACUGUAUGUUCAUGAAAUGCACUGAUGUAUACAAUCUUGUAUACAAUCAGAGCAGAUCGUACAGUGUGUUGGGCCAGAAUGUUGCGUAACAAUAGACUUAAAUCUAGGUUGCAAAGGGAGAAUGUCAAUCUGUAAAAUAUUUAUCUGAUUUCUGCUUCAUGGUGACGGAUUAAUACGUCUGUGAAUGUGUUGUACACGUUCUAAUCAUAGCUGUAUAGUAUAAUAUAAUAUGUUUAACAUAAUUAACUUGGGAAUAAAAUGAAGAACUUUGGAUACAA